AUGAGGAAAGGUCUGCGGGCGACAGCGGCCCGUUGCGGACUGGGACUGGGAUACGUGCUGCAAAUGCUCGUGCUACCUGCCCUGGCCCUGCUCAGCGCCAGCGGCACCGGUUCCGCUGCUCAAGACGAUGACUUUUUUCAUGAACUCCCAGAAACUUUUCCAUCUGAUCCACCUGAGCCUUUGCCACAUUUCCUUAUUGAGCCUGAAGAAGCCUAUAUUGUGAAGAAUAAGCCUGUGAACCUGUACUGUAAAGCAAGCCCUGCCACCCAGAUCUACUUCAAGUGCAAUAGUGAAUGGGUUCAUCAGAAGGACCACAUAGUAGAUGAGAGAGUAGACGAAACUUCCGGUCUCAUUGUCCGGGAAGUAAGCAUUGAGAUUUCACGCCAGCAAGUGGAAGAACUGUUCGGGCCUGAGGACUACUGGUGCCAGUGUGUGGCCUGGAGCUCAGCGGGCACCACCAAGAGCCGGAAGGCAUAUGUGCGCAUCGCAUAUCUUCGAAAAACAUUUGAGCAGGAACCCCUGGGAAAGGAAGUGUCCUUGGAACAGGAAGUCUUACUACAGUGUCGACCACCUGAAGGGAUCCCAGUGGCUGAAGUGGAAUGGUUGAAAAAUGAAGAUAUAAUUGAUCCUAUUGAAGAUCGGAAUUUUUAUAUUACUAUUGAUCACAACCUCAUCAUAAAGCAGGCCCGCCUUUCAGAUACUGCAAAUUAUACCUGUGUCGCCAAAAACAUUGUUGCCAAGAGGAAAAGUACAACUGCAACUGUAAUAGUCUAUGUAAAUGGUGGCUGGUCCACCUGGACAGAGUGGUCUGUGUGUAAUAGCCGCUGUGGACGAGGAUACCAGAAACGUACAAGGACCUGCACCAAUCCAGCACCACUCAAUGGUGGUGCCUUCUGUGAAGGGCAGAGUGUGCAGAAAAUAGCAUGUACUACAUUAUGUCCAGUGGAUGGCAGGUGGACCUCAUGGAGCAAGUGGUCUACUUGCGGGACCGAGUGCACCCACUGGCGAAGGAGGGAGUGCACAGCGCCAGCCCCCAAGAACGGAGGCAAGGACUGUGAUGGCCUCGUCCUGCAAUCCAAAAACUGCACGGAUGGACUCUGCAUGCAGACUGCUCCUGAUUCAGAUGACGUUGCUCUCUAUGUUGGGAUUGUGAUAGCGGUGAUAGUUUGCCUGGCGAUCUCUGUAGUUGUGGCCCUGUUUGUGUAUCGGAAGAAUCAUCGUGACUUUGAGUCUGAUAUUAUUGACUCUUCGGCACUCAAUGGGGGCUUUCAGCCUGUGAACAUCAAGGCAGCAAGACAAGACCUUCUGGCAGUACCUCCAGACCUCACCUCAGCGGCAGCCAUGUACAGAGGACCUGUCUACGCCUUGCAUGAUGUCUCAGACAAAAUCCCAAUGACCAAUUCUCCAAUUCUGGAUCCACUGCCCAACCUGAAAAUCAAAGUGUAUAACACCUCAGGUGCUGUCACACCCCAAGAUGACCUCUCUGAGUUUACAUCCAAGCUUUCCCCUCAGAUGACCCAAUCCUUGCUGGAGAAUGAGGCACUCAACUUGAAGAAUCAGAGCCUGGCAAGGCAGACUGAUCCAUCCUGCACUGCAUUUGGCACCUUCAACUCCCUCGGGGGUCACCUUAUUGUUCCCAAUGCAGGAGUAAGUUUGCUGAUUCCCUCUGGGGCCAUUCCCCAAGGGAGAGUCUAUGAAAUGUAUGUGACUGUACACAGGAAAGAAAAUAUGAGGCCACCCAUGGAAGACUCUCAGACGCUCUUGACCCCUGUGGUGAGCUGUGGGCCUCCAGGAGCCCUGCUGACCCGCCCAGUCGUCCUCACAAUGCAUCACUGCGCAGAUCCCCAUACCGAGGACUGGAAGAUCCAGCUCAAGAACCAGGCUGCACAGGGACAGUGGGAGGAUGUGGUGGUGGUGGGGGAGGAAAACUUCACCACCCCCUGCUACGUUCAGCUGGACACAGAGGCCUGCCACGUCCUCACAGAGAACCUUAGCACCUACACGCUGGUCGGGCAGUCCACCACCAAAGCGGCCGCCAAGCGCCUGAAGCUGGCCAUCUUCGGGCCCCUCUGCUGCUCCUCGCUGGAGUACAGCAUCCGAGUCUACUGUCUGGACGACACCCAGGAUGCCCUGAAGGAGGUUUUACAUCUUGAAAGACAGAUGGGAGGACAGCUCCUAGAAGAACCAAAGGCUCUUCACUUUAAAGGCAGCACCCACAACCUGCGCCUGUCGAUUCACGAUAUCGCCCAUUCCCUCUGGAAGAGUAAACUGCUGGCUAAAUACCAGGAAAUUCCUUUUUACCAUAUCUGGAGUGGAUCUCAGAGAAACCUCCACUGCAUCUUCACUCUGGAAAGAUUUAGCCUGAACACGGUGGAGCUGGUUUGCAAACUCUGCGUGCGGCAGGUGGAAGGAGAAGGGCAGAUCUUCCAGCUGAACUGCACCGUGUCAGACGAACCUACUGGCAUCGAUUUGCCACUGCUGGAUCCUGCUGGCACCAUCACCACCGUCACAGGGCCGAGUGCUUUCAGCAUCCCUCUCCCUAUCCGGCAGAAGCUCUGCAGCAGCCUGGACGCCCCACAGACCAGAGGCCAUGACUGGAGGAUGCUGGCCCAUAAGCUAAACCUGGACAGGUACUUGAAUUACUUUGCCACUAAAUCGAGCCCAACUGGCGUAAUCCUGGAUCUUUGGGAAGCACAGAACUUCCCAGAUGGAAACCUGAGUAUGCUGGCAGCUGUCUUGGAAGAAAUGGGAAGACAUGAAACCGUAGUGUCCUUAGCAGCAGAAGGGCAAUACUGA